UAUUAAUCUAUACCUGGCUGGUACGAAAGACUUUGACAAAUCAUUUUCAUUUUUUCCUCUAAAUUAAAAGUAUUUUUUUUUUGUAAAUAGCCUUAAUUCAUAUUGAAAUGGGUUCAAAAGAUGCAGAAGAAUUCAGACAGGCUCUUCAGGAUAUCUCGCAAUACAUUCCUAGACUGCAUAGCCCAUUUGAUAGAGUACGCUGUUCCGAAUGGACUAGAAAACUAUCAUCUCUUUCUGAUGAUAAUCUAGAAUCUUGUAAAAUAAAAAACGAUUACGCACAAUUCCUCAGAAUCCAAGUUCGAAAUCAGUGCUUACACGGGCCGUUUGAACAUCCACCCUCUGAUAAAUUGCUACCGCCUUUAGCUGAGACUAUAGGGAAUAUCAUGAGUAGAGAGAUACCCUUUCUUCCUAAAAUGGGUCCAAUAAAUCCCGUAUUACAUCACAAGUCCCCUGAUGGAAGAGCCUACGUCUCGGCAAGACAAAUUCCCGGUGGUGGAGUGUUAUGUUACAUGGCUGUCAGUCCCGAUGGUUUGGAAUUCUAAACGCAAAUGUCUUAUUCUAAUACAGAUUUUUUUUAUUUAUAUGCAGGAUAUAAGUAUUUCUUAAAUAUAUAAGUAUGAGUACAAUAGAAAAUAUACUUGCUAAUUUAUAAUAACGAACAUAAACAUUAAAUUCUAUCUAUAUA